AUUAUCGUAUCUCAAUGACAACUGGAAUCAUGAAUUUAAGAGCGGGUAAGUGAAUCAACAAGCAGGAGCUGGGACUGUCGAACCAAGCUUUUUUUUCCCACCUUAUGAACUAAUUUUCGUUGCUAUAAUUGAUCCAUUGUGCUUCAAGCUAUCGAAUCGAAUGGUAAUAAUUCUGGAGGAAAAUUGGAUUCUUACAGCAAGGCAAUUCAAAGUUCUAACAUAAAUAACUUGUAGAAAGCAAAAGAGCUUUCAUUCACAUCUCUAUUAAACUCUCUUUUUUUUCCCACUCUCAAUUAACUCUUUUUCUUGAUCUUCUGUAGCAUCUGGGGUUGGUGGUCGAUUAUUUGAAUGUUUCCUGCAAAGGGAAAAAGUAUUUACAUGAUGUUAAAGCUCUGAAAAAUAAAAAAUUAGGAAAAAAAAAACGACGCAGUCCGUUAAAACGACAACGUCCGGGUGCUUUAAGACAGUGAAAGUAAUUUACCGGAUUUUUCCUUGAACUUAGCCUGAAACUACGAAAAAGCUUAUAAACCAACGGCAAAACGAAGUGGCGCCAAACGGUAACCAUAAAAUUACAAAGAAAUUCAAAAAAAAAAAUCUUCGGAAAAUUACCUUAAAAGAUUUUUUUAGAAAGAAAUUCAAUCUCUUACUUAACGCAAAGCUCAUGUCAUUCGCUUGGCCUGUUUGAAAAAAUAAUGGCUUCUUUGGUUCUCUCUUCUUUCUGUUUCCCUUCUCAAAAGUCUUGUUCUUUUACGUCUUCUUCUCUCCGAUUCAGAAUCAGAGCUCCGACUGAUUCUAGGUUCGGUGGUCCUUUAUUUGUCGGAUUCGGAUCGGUCAAGAAGAGAAAUGGAAGAAUCGAGGCGUCGGUUGACUCCACAGCUCAUCCGCUUGUGUUUCGUGACCUCGACGCCGACGAUUUCCGGCACCCGCUCGAUAAACAGAAUACGUUGCUAUUGAGAGCGAUUCCAGGCCUUAACGAAAUAGGAAGAGCUAUACUCGCAGGAACCGUGACUGAGCAAAUCAUGCUUCUUGAGAAUAUAGGAACUUCAAUCCUUGUUUCGAAAGAUCAGCUUCCGGAACUUCAUAAAAUGAUGAUUGAGGCUGCGGGAAUAUUGAAUAUUGAACCUCCUGAUCUCUAUGUUCGACAAAGUCCCAUUCCGAAUGCUUAUACAUUGGCUAUAAGUGGUAAAAAACCAUUUGUUAUUAUCCAUACUAGUCUUGUGGAGCUUCUGACACGAAAAGAAUUACAGGCUGUUUUGGCUCAUGAGUUAGGUCAUCUCAAAUGCGAUCAUGGUGUAUGGCUUACUUUUGCAAAUCUUCUCACUCUUGGAUCCUAUCGUUUACCUGGACUUGGUGGCUUUAUAGCUCAGAGGUUAGAGGAACAAUUAAUCCGCUGGCUUAGGGCAGCAGAGCUAACUUGUGAUCGUGCAGCCCUUCUUGUUGCACAAGAUCCCAAGGUUGCCAUCUCUGUUUUGAUGAAAUUAACUGGUGGCUGCCCAUCAAUGGCUGAUCAGCUAAAUGUUGAUGCAUUUUUGGAGCAAGCUCACUCUUAUGAAAAGGCUUCUUCAAGCCCAAUGGGGUGGUAUAUAAGAAAUGCCCAAACACGGCAACUUUCACAUCCACUGCCUGUUCUACGAGCUCGUGAGAUUGAUGAGUGGUCAAGAAGUCGUGAAUACAGAAGUCUUCUUGAACGUGCAACACAGAUGAGCAUGUAGAAGAGGUUUAGCACUGCUCUGAACCUGGAGAAAGUCAUAGUUUAAACAGCUUUAAUAGAUAUCGGCUUUGCCUUACGAUAUAUUGCCAGGCAGUGGAGAGCACAGAAAUGGAGGCAACAUUUGUAAAAAGCAUCAAUAGCUAACAUUUGUCCAUAAAGAUGAUAGUUUAAAUUGUGGGACGAACAUAUUUGGAUUUUCUGAAACCACGAUAGAGAAAAUUCUAGGAAGUUACAGAAACAUAGGUUUGAUACUCAUAGGAACAGAACACUAUAUCCUGCUGUUCAACACGAUAAAAUCGGAUAUAGCAAUCUCUUAAUCCUGUAGUAAAAUACAAUGCUUGCUUAAUUAAUAUGUUUCAAUGGUAGUGUGCUCCGAAUCCACUGUUCCUAACAAGGAUUAGCACUAUUGAA